CAUUUCGAUGUUUCACUGAAAAAAUUGUGUGUGCUGGGUGCCUAGAAUCCUAUUUGAACGUUGUUCGAUGAUUUCUAGUCCGGAAUUGUUAUUCAAAGCCUGGGAUUCAGGACGAUGGACUACAGAUCGAUGAAUGAAUCUUGCCAAUGUCCACGGUGUCGCUGUGAAAUUCGGUUGCCCAGUCAGCCGAUGCCCUGCCCAGAGAAAUGCUCCCCGGAAAAAUAUAUGAUGUGUGGUUCGGAGCAACGUCCUCGCUGGCAGAAGAGACCAGGUCCUCAGGAAGUUUUUCAGAAUUUUUCCCAAAGAAAUUCUCAAACACUUUCUCAGGAAUCUGCUCAGAAUUGGAGUUUCCAGCCGCCUCCAAACUGUUUCUGUGGGCAGCAAACCUCUAUGCGAGCUCAGCCAGACUAUUCUCAGCAAUUUUCCCAAGAAUAUUCCCAGCAAUUUUUACCCAAUCUUACGCAGCAGUGUUCCCAGCAAGCUCCUUGUAUAUCUUGUUGUGGCCAACAGAAACAUCAGAACUGCUGUCAGUCGCCUUGUGCAAACUGGAUGAGACCAUGUUGUCGCAUUACCCACGAAAUCGGCGUUCAAACGGACGAGAUGGAGUGCGAGAUCAAGCCGGAGUACAUCGCAAUCACCGACAUCACCACCAAGGAGUUGGAGGUGAAGCACCGCACUGGAAAGACGGAGACGAUCAUCGAAAGGGUUCAGUCGGUCACCCAUUUCCCAGUGACGGACACUCAGUUCCUUGGGGAGAAUGGACAAAUCGACAAGGCCAUGGAAGAUGAUGUAGUUCCCAAUCGAGCCAUGAGGAACUCCGAGCUGGAGCCCAUGCUGGACUCAAUAAGGGCGAAGGUCCCAAAAUCUGAACAUAAUAGUGGAAAGGAGCAGCUCGUCUACCAAGAGUAUGCCAAGAGCGAGCGCGACUUUAAUGACCCCAAAGCGAAAGUAGAAAAGACCAUCGUCAAGUUAAAAACUCCGUUGGACUCGCCCGAAUCCCUAUCGAAAUCCAGGUCGCCCAGCAAUAUAUCAUCUCCAUCCCGAGUGCCCAGCGAGGACGACUUUGAUGAUCCUAAGGCGACGGUAGAGAAGACCAUCAUCAAGGAUAAAAGUCCGUUGGACUCGCCCGAACCUCCUUCCCGAAUGCCCAACGAGGAUAAAGCCCACCCAUCACUACCAAGAGUCAUUUCCUCAAUUUCGGCGGAAGACCCAUCAGUUGUCAAGGAUGAAGAUGGCAGUACGGACAGCAAUUCGACAGAUAUCGAUGUAAAUGACCACAAGGAAUCAAUAGAGAAGGAGAAGAAAGUUGUGCACUCCGAAUCUGACAACGUGAGUACCGUGCACGUGAAAGUCACAAAUAGAAAGGAGGCAUCCGUAAAGAGUCAUCCUGACCGGGAGCCCACGAAAACAGCGAUCUUCGAGAGCAGCGUGUCCCAGGUGCUGGUAAAGAAACAUGAGAAGAAGCCGGAAGAGAAAAAACCGAAGCGCCCACCACCCAAAGUGGAACUGAAGCUAGGCUAUCCACCAAACGACUUGGUCUGUAGAUACGCCGAUCCUCCAGCAUGCAGACCCACCUGCGGCAGCACCAGAUGUCCUUGUCCGCCGUCCAUCUCCUGCAACCAAUGUCCUCCCUGUCCGCCCAGCACAAGACAAUGCGAUCCCAUCUACGGUUUUGGCAGCAUGUGUGUCGGAUACUACUGUCUUUAAAACAGUUCCAAAUAGUACGAGCGCCCAACAAUAAAACAACAUAUUUUAA